AUGGUUGUCUCGAGUGUUUUAAAACGUCAGGCUGGACGAUUAAGAAUUGGUGAAGUAAGACCCGCACUCUUCAUUGGCAGGUGUCAAUCAAGCCUGGCCAAGGUCGCCACCCCAAUAGAUAAUGAUUCGAUUUAUGUACUUUCCAUUCCCAUCACGAACUACAAAUCUUAUAUAUUCUGUAAUCACCAGCCUUCGGUAUUAGAUGUAACUCAGGCAAAGUCGAUUCUGUGGGUGACCAAGCUCGAAGAGAAGAUCACGUCUGUGGCGAGCAAAGGGUGGAAAAAGUUGAACGAAUCAGAGAUUAGCGUUAACGUCAAGAUUGUCAGGUUGAUCAAGAAGUUGUUAGAUACGAUUCCGUACGAAGAAAAUUGUUUGAAGUCUUUUCCAUCGCAGAAAUGGAUGAUCAGAGAGGUCAACGACGAUUAUGCCAAGCAGACUACGCAUUCUUCCACCCGAUUCAUGCAAUCUCAAGCAGACGAGUUAAAAAUACCCUCGAGUCAGAUUAAACCUAUCCCGUUGUACCAUCCUAAGUUCCAGUCACCUACCACCAUCUUGAAUCAACUCUAUCUGUUCCGAGACGAUGCUUACAAAACGCACCUCAAAUACUCCAUACUAUGUGCCAUUGGUAUCCCUAUUAGUUUGCCCUUUGCAUUAGUUCCAAUAGUGCCUAAUGUUCCAGGUUUCUAUAUUGCAUACAGACUCUACUGCAAUGUUAAGGCUUUGCUAGGAGUUAAGCACUUGGAUUAUUUGUUGGAAGACUGUACCCACAAGCCGUCUGCACCUGCAAAUGCAUCCUCCGAGAAAAAGGCUAUUCAAUCAACCGUCAAUGACACCAAGCACAUUGCAUUCGAGCAUGUUGAUCACUUGGAUGCAAUUUAUCUGUCAAACACGUCACUUAGCGACCAUAACCUUCUCUCUGACGAAAAAAUCAUUAUUACCCCCGACAUCAUCGACGGCCUCUGUCAAAAUUUCGAUUUGCCACACCUAAAAGAGGACCUCCUCAAGGCCUUGAGACAAGAGUCACAUCGGUUGAAGAAAGCUGAAAACACGCAACAACUGUAA